CCAGGUGUGCCUCCUGUCGCCCCGGGGAGCCCAGCGGGUGGGAACACCAGGAGCUGAGAGGCCGGAUGCGGUCCUUCCACCACCUGUCCCCCGAGCGGCGAGGGCAGGGGACCCGACGCGACGGCCCCGGGUCCGAGGGGCGAGUGAGGGACCGGAGGCUCUGGAAGUCGCUCGGACCCGGGGUUCCUCUCCGUCGCGGGCUGUCCCCGUGACCACCUCGGAAGUCUCGGGAUGCUGGCGUAGGGUGCGGGUCUCCGGGCUCCAGCACCUGCCCUUUGUCUCUGCCUCCUCUGAUCCUGCCCAUCCCCUGGGAAGGACACCACAGGAAAGAAGAAGAAGGCAAUGGCUACUGGGCCUCUACAUUGGGAGGUCAGAUUUUUGACACCUGCCUACCGUGUGCUAAGCAGUGUUCUGGGUGCUGGGAAGGUAGCAGUGAACGAAGCAGGCAAAGCCCCUUCCUUCUCUUCUCUUCUAGAAAGAGGAGGCAGCAAUGAAGAAGAAAUACUACAGAGGACGUUGUUAUGUGCUGUGUUAGCCACACAGCAGGAUGGCCUGGCUGAGUGAGACGGGGGGUCUGUUUUAGCUAGGCAGAGCCAGGGCGUCAACUUUCCAAACCAAAUGUGAUUUCUCAGCUGGAUUGAGAACUGAGCCUGAUGACAAAAGAACAUCUAGGGUGCAUCUCCCCAGACUGUGAGACAAGACUUGAAACCAAAGAGUCAACUACAAAGCCUAAUUAAUGAAGAUUUAUCUUAUGGGGUAAUAAUGGAAAGGGAAGGUCUCUGCCAUUCUUCUUUAGGGGACUCCUGGGAACCUGAUAAUUGGUUAGAGGGGCAACAGAAAAACCAGGUGGGACAUCUGGGCCAAGUGCACAUUACCCAUAAGGAAACCCUCAAUGAGAGAAGGACAUGUGGAGGUAAUGAACUUGAAAGAUGUUCCAGUCAGGGUUCAAUCAUUGAUACACAACAAAUUAUUCCUGUGGGGAAAAGUCCUCACAAUUGGAAUUCACAUGGAAAAGACACUAAACAAAAUGCUGAAUUAAUUAAAACUCAAAGAAUGUUUGCAGGAAAGAAAAUCUAUGGAUGUAAUGAGUGUGGGAAAACCUUCAGCCAGAGUUCAUCUCUUCUUAAGCACCAGAGGAUUCAUACAGGGGAGAAACCCUAUAAGUGUAAUGUAUGUGGGAAGCACUUCAUUGAACGCUCCUCGCUUACUGUACAUCAAAGAAUUCAUACUGGAGAGAAACCUUACAAAUGUAAUGAAUGUGGGAAAACCUUCAGUCAGAGCAUGAACCUUACUGUUCAUCAAAGGACUCAUACUGGAGAGAAACCAUAUCAAUGUAAAGAAUGUGGAAAAGCUUUCCGCAAGAAUUCAUCCCUCAUUCAACAUGAAAGGAUUCAUACUGGAGAGAAACCCUACAAAUGUAAUGAAUGUGGAAAAGCUUUUACCCAAAGUAUGAAUCUCACAGUGCAUCAAAGAACUCAUACAGGAGAAAAACCCUAUGAAUGUAAUGAAUGUGGAAAAGCCUUCAGUCAAAGUAUGCAUCUUACUGUACAUCAGAGAAGUCAUACUGGAGAAAAACCCUAUGAGUGUAGUGAAUGUGGAAAAGCCUUUAGUAAGAGCUCAGCUCUUACCCUGCAUCAGCGCAAUCAUACUGGAGAAAAACCCUACAAAUGUAACAAAUGUGGGAAAUCCUUUAGCCAGAGUACAUACCUUAUAGAGCAUCAGAGACUUCAUUCUGGAGUAAAACCUUUUGAAUGUAAUCAGUGUGGGAAGGCUUUCAGUAAGAAUUCAUCUCUUACUCAACAUCGGAGAAUUCAUACUGGAGAGAAACCUUAUGAGUGUAUGGAAUGUGGAAAACAUUUCACUGGGCGCUCAUCCCUUACUGUACAUCAGGUUAUUCACACUGGAGAGAAGCCUUAUGAAUGCAAUGAAUGUGGAAAGGCCUUCAGCCAGAGCGCAUACCUUAUUGAGCAUCAAAGAAUUCAUACUGGUGAGAAGCCCUAUGAAUGCGAUCAGUGUGGAAGAGCCUUCAUUAAGAAUUCAUCCCUUAUAGUGCAUCAGAGAACUCAUACAGGAGAGAAACCCUAUCAGUGUAAUGAAUGUGGAAAAGCCUUCAGUCGGAGUACAAAUCUUACACGGCAUCAGAGAACUCACACGUGAGGAAAGCUUUCAUAGGACCCUUCCCCAUGAUUAACUCUUCAGUGAUAAUCAGAUAAGUCAUGUAAAUAGAAACCUAAUAAAUGUAACGAUUAUAGUAAUCUUUUAGUUGAAGUAUAAUAUACCAUAUCAGAAAAUUCAGACCACUGCAGAGAAACCAUAUAAAAGUGGAGAAAUCUUGAUUCAGAAAGUAAAACUUACUUUAUAUGAGAAGGUUUAAGUAGCUAAUGUUCUAAGCAAUGAGGAUUCAUGUUGAAGAUAAGUUCUAUUGUAUUAUACUGCAGAUUCUCCUUUGGACAUCAGAGACGUCACACUGGAGAGAAAAUGUGAGAGUGCUUAACUGAGAAGCCCAAAGAUCUGGUAUGUAGUCCUGAUCUGUCGCUAACUUGGACAAGUCACCUACUUUCACCAGUUCCCACUGUCCUUAUUUGGUAAAUGAGGGAUUUUAGAUUUAGAAGGCUCCAAGAUCCCUAUAAGCUCUAAAAUGCUACAAACAUAUAAAUGCAAUGAAUGCUGGGAAAUCCUUGAUUUUUUCACCAUGUUGUAUACAUUAUCUAGAUGCUCCUGUUCCACAAUCUGUUUUCCCUGAAUGUUUCAAGUCAAAAUUCUCUACCUCUACCAACUUCUAUUAUCACUCUGUAUCCCUCCCCACUACCCCAACCCCCCCACCCCCCCACCCCCAGUUAUUUUCUCCUCUGAAAUAUUGGCUGGUUGUUACCAGGUGACAGAAUUGUACAAAUCUUAAUGCUAUAAUAGCAUGCUGUUUUAAGCUCUCAAUUAACAGUCAUUAAACUAUUGUUAAAGAAGCUAAUUAUUUAGAAAACAAUAUAAUAAAUAUAGUCUUUGAGUACAUAGGAUUCAAAUACAUCUUUGUAUCAUACUCUAUCAAAAUGGAAAGAAGAGGUUAAACACUAAUAGAUGUGAAAAUUUGACAUAUUAACAAAAUCUUUGUAACUCACAACAUAUUCAAAACAGUCAUAGGGAGAGAUUUUAUAGAUCUAUAGUUAUGAGAGCAGUUAAGGCAAUUUCAUUUAUUUUAUACACAUUUAAUAAGUGCCAAAUAGGUGAUAAAUAUGAUUAGGAAAUCAAACUGAAUAAGCCAGUCUUUGUUUUCCAAGGGCUAAACUAAGAAACUGGCAGUGGGAUGGGAGAGGAAAGGAAGAAUUCAAGCAAUGAUAAUGUAAUCAAUUAAAUGUGAGCACUGUAAUUUAUUUGGGUGGAUGGGUGCCAUAAUUAAGAACACAAAAAGUUGACUGACUUUAUGGGGUAAUGAUGAGUUUGGUCUGGGGGCAUUUUACAAGUCUGUGGGUAUCCAAGUGAAGAUUCCUGAUAGGCAGUAGAAUAAGUAGAAGGGCGGUGAUAAAGGGUAUUUUGGGAGUACUGUUUUUGAAUGCAGUAAGUGGAAGGUGUCAAAUCAGUAGAAGCUGAGGGGAAACAACAGGCAAAAGAAAAAUGAAAAACAGAAAAACGUCAGGAGAAGGUGGUGGCAUAGAAGUGAAAGAAUUUUAGCACAAGGAUAGGAAUAUUUAAUAUUUUCAAAUGCCACAGAGGAUUAAAGUAAGGUAAAAAUAGAAAAUGGCCUUUGGUUUUGGUUAUUGAUAAUCUCUGUAAAUUUCAGUGGGUUGAAGAGUGAGUUAAAGGUUGAAAAGGACUUAGUAGCUUGACUGAGGAAGGAGAGAUUUAGGAAGGUAACUAGAGGGAGAUUGUGGUUGAGAGAGGGUGUAUAUAUCAGAAGAGCUUUUGGCUACAAAUGAUAGAAAGCCAGAUAACAAUGGCUUACAAGCAAACGGAUUUAUUUUUCUCCCAUAAUAAAUCUGGAGGUGAUUGGCAUUGGUUCAAAGACAAAAUAAUUGAAUGCCUUGAGUUUCAUGACUUUUUCAUCAUGUCACAUGAUGGCUCCCGUAGCUUCAGGUAAAAUAUCUGCAUUCAGAGCGGGAAGAAAGGGGUUAGGUAGCACCAGCAACAUCUGUGCCUUUUAUCAGAAAAGGUUUUCCCAGAAGCCCCUCAGCAGACUUCUGCUUACAUCUCAUUGACCACAGCUGUGUUGCAGGGUGGCUAGGAGCAAAGGAGGCUGAAAAAAAUAAUUAUAUAGCUCUUCCAGCUUGUAUAGUGGAGGUAGGCAAGGAAAAUGGGGAUUGAGAAAGGUGUUGAUGUAGCCAACAAAUAAUUUGCCAAGAGUGUUUGUAUGAUUUAAGAUAGAAGAAUUGAACAUGUCUUCACUGCACGGGAGAGUCUGAAGGUGCAGAAAGGAGGGAAUGUGCAGCUCAAACUAGGAAAAUAAGAUUUGGGGCACAGGUAGAGGCUGCAGGGAUCUUUUUCAACAGGAGGAAGGAAAUCAUCCACUGGGAGAAACGAUGGGUACAGAAGAUACUUGCGGGUGGCAAUGGAGGAGGUUCCCUAUGGACUCUGAGAGUUUGGAACUUGAGCAGUUUGGUCUCUUUGGACUACAGGACCUCUAUGGCAUUAGAAGAGGCAAGAACUAAGGGGGAAUGAAACGCUGAAUUAAUUGUAACCUCAGAAACUUAGAUUUUCAAUAAUGUCUCUCCCUUGCAUCCAGCUUCUUCCUUUCCUUUCAUAUAUUUGUUUUUCUUGUUCCCCACCUGAGCUCGAGAGACAGAAAUGGAGGGGAAAAAGGAGGCAGAGAGAUGGGUAGAAAAUAAAUGAAAAAUGAUAAAGACGUUAGCAAAAUUAAAGGCUCAAAAGGAAGGCAGAGGACAAGGGAGAGAGGAAGAAUAGAAUGCAUCGAAGCCUAAGAGGGAUGCGAUAACCCAAAACUGGUAAAAUAUUAACCCUCUGAGGGAGCAGCAGGAGAAAUGGGUUGGGUAAAUGAAGCUUUCACUACUUUUUCAGGAGUUUUGGAAGCUUCAGACCCUUGUAAUGUCAGUGCUCAGCCAUCCUGGGCGACAAGUAAGGAGGAAACUUCUGCACCUUUCCUCUAUCACCAGGGGCAAGACUCCUGGUCCCACUUACUAGACAUGAGACCUUGGGCAAGUCACUUAAUAUAUAUCAUCUCGAUUUUCUUAUUUGUUAAUAGUGCAAACCUCAUAGCUUUGGAUUACAUUCAAUACUAACGUAAAGUGCUUAUAAAAGUGUGUAAUGCAUAGUUAGUGCUCAAUAAAUAUUUUAUUAUCAUCCUUCUAUAUCUGAAAACAACAAUAUCCAAUCUCCUUAGCAUGGCAUCCAGAACCCUUAAUUAUCUUAGGCUUGCAAAGCAAGUGCCUUAUAGGAAGGUGAUAUGUUAUAAUUGUAGGAGGCUCUCUCCUACCCCACCCCCCACUACUGUGAUAGCUUCCUAACUGGUUCCCCUGUAUUCCCUCUGGCCCCACCAUAGACCAGUGAUUCUGUCAAAAUGUGUUCAGCCAUGCCACUCUUUUGCUCAGACCCCCUCUGAUGGUUUCCUAUCACACACAGAAUAAAUCCAACCUUUUUACGAUGGCCUUCAAGCCCUCUAGUUACCCUUCCAACCGCCUCUCCCACUCUCCCUUGUUCACUAUGUCCUUUCCCGUCAUACUGGCCUUGCUAAACCACAGGCUCACCAAGCACAUUUCUAUCUCUGGUCAGCAUUUCUGUUCUCCCAGAUAUUCACAUGGUUUCCCUCCUCACUGCAUUCAAAUCUCUGCUCACAUAUUAACCUCCUCAAAGAGAACUUCUCAAAACGCUACUUAAAAUAAUCCCCAAUUGAUUUCCUCAGCAACACGAACUCUGUAAUCCUUAUGAAAAUCACGAAUGGUCAUAUAUUGAAUCAUCUGGACACCACAGGCAACAGUGGCAAAUAAGUGCAUGCAGAGUUUCGGAAAUGUGUUACUGUUUUGUAGAUAUCAUGUAUGUUAUGUUCAUUAUACAGUUCCCAGAAUAUUAGAGUUGUUC